UCACUGGUUCCUUCAGUUGAGAACCUAUCGCGAAAAGGCUGCACUGGAUAGAAAUAAAUUUGUUAAUGGAUUUGUUCCGGCCCCGUCAGCACGGCAGUACCAUUUUAGCGGACUAGGAGACGGACCCGACAAGGAUUUACAACCGGGGAAAACAACCGCCAAAAACGAGGCCCUCCGAAUGGGGAAAAUGCAAAGUGAACUACAGGCCACAACAACAACAACUGCUGACAUGUGCAACGUAGCAUGUAAAAAGGGGAUUUUCUGGGACUACUUGCGGGCAAGUGGUCAAAGGACUUGGAUGCCCCUGCUCCUGGUCAUUAUCCUCAUCGGGAGCUCGACUGCCGCAGAACCCCUUAAAGUUAUAUACGCUGUGAACGCUGGCGGAGAAGAGCACACCGACCUAAAUGGCGUCCAAUACGAUGCGGAUCCCCUUAAAGGCGUUGGGAUCGCCUCGGACUACGGCAAACACCUGCUGAUGAUCGGCCGGGUUCAGGAACAUGACGAGGUGCUCUACAGAACCGAACGCUAUCACACCACCACCUUUGGCUACGACUUACCCAGCGAUGGUGAUGGAGAUUACGCCCUGAUAAUGAAGUUCUGUGAAGUCUACUUCGAUGCGCCACAGAAAAAGGUCUUCGAUGUGCUGCUCAACCGAAAGCACACGGUUGUCCGUCAGCUGGACAUCUACAACCAGGUGGGCAGGGGCUCUGCCCACGACGAGAUCGUGUACUUCAAGAUCAACAAUGGUCGAUUAAACUACGAGGGCGAGGUGUCCGAUGUGCGGAAUGGACGUCUGCGAUUGGACUUUAUUAAGGGGGCUCUGGAUAAUCCCAAAAUCAAUGCCUUUGCCCUGCUCAAAGGAGAUGUCUCCCAGUUGCCGCGACUGCAUGGCACUGAAGCGAGUGAAAGGAUCAAGCCAGAGGGCAAGCCAAUUGUGGAACAGAAGACAGGAAAUCAAGUGGAGAGGGUAGUGCGCAACCAGCGUGAGGAUGUAGAUGAGGAUGAUGAAGAUCUGGACGACGAGGAGUUCGAAGAGGAGCUUCCCGAACAGCAAAACGACCAGCUGAGUAUUGAUCAGCCAUCCCAACAAUCGGCGGACUCCAAGCGAUCAUAUAGUGGCCCCCGUCAACCAAAUCCGUACUCGAUGGACGACUCUUCGAUCCUACUGCCGGUUUUCAUCGCCAUCGGGGCCUUUAUACCGCUGCUGUUCUGCCUCUGCAAGCUGUGAUCCCCAUCCGUUGCCCACUCAACGAUCUCGGCCUGCGUUGAUUUCCUGCUUUGUGAUUUUGUGAUUUUGAUAAAAGACUUAAUUGUAUACUUA